AUGGCCCUCCAGGAUAAGGAUAUCCAAGCUUGGAAAUCUCAGUCCUACUUCGGAGCUCCUUCUCCUACCACUCUAUUGUCAUUGAAGCCAUCGGAUGAGAUAGAUGCGGUUUCAAACAUUUUCCGCACUGGCGGCUCACUGGGCACAUCACAUAACGUCUCGAAUCUAAUGCACAACUUGGUGGUGGCAGAUUUGGACCCUGCAACCGCGAAGCUAGCAAUCGGGUUUCUGGGUCCAUUUUUUUCGCUGUUUUCGUUUCUGUUCAUAAUAAGGAUAGUCGUGUCCUGGUACCCAAAACUUCCGGUUGGGAAGUUCCCAUAUGUGGUGGCUUAUGCUCCCACAGAGCCGAUUCUCAUGGCAACCAGAGAGGUGAUCCCGCCGUUAGGCGGUGUGGACGUAACGCCGGUGGUGUGGUUCGGAUUGAUUAGCUUCCUAAAUGAGAUAUUAGUAGGUCCUCAAGGCCUUCUUGUCCUCCUCUCUCAACAACUUAGUAGCUAA